AUGAUUUUCGAUAUCACAUUUCUUAUUUUCGUUAUCUUUUCUAUUCAACAAACAUUGACACAAAUUCCACCUGUUGUACCAUUGACAAAUUCAUUGACAGCUGUGUAUUGUCACAACUUAAACGAGGCUGGCACGAUGACGAUUCGUUGUGGAAAUAAUGAGAAAAUUCGUAUGUUAGACGCAUUUGAUGUUGUUGUGAACAACCGAUCACAUUUACCGUUACAAUGCAUACAACGCAAACCGUUCUCCAUGGUUUAUGGAGAUAUUUCCACUUAUACGGAUUGUAAAGUUCGCACUAGUUUCGCUUCAGCUUGUUCCGGACGAGAAAAUUGUACAUUACACAUGCAACGUACUCGAGUAAAUACAGCUUCGAGCAAUUGUCAUAAUAAAUUGGUUGAUUAUACCAUGGCAUUCUUCGAAUGUAUAUCAGAUGUGUUUAUUCAUGAUAUCUGUUCAAUGCAAGCAAUAACGUCGCCUUGGGGUACAUUGAAAACACCGAAUUUCCCUAAUCCUUAUACGUCGAGUGAUGACUGUUGGUGUAAAUUAUCAACUCAAUUGCAACAUCGUCUUUUGCUUUCUGUUAUUAUCUUUCAAUUGAUUCCCUACGAUAGAGAAUGUGCAGGUGCUGGACUUUAUCUACAAAGUAGCGAUGAGCAACGAAGUACGCAGUGUACAUAUUUACAACCGGGACAUAAUUAUUUAAGCGAUACAAAUACCUUGUAUAUCAAUUUCUACAGCCGAACAUCAACUGUUCGUGGAGGAUUUUGGAUUAUUUAUGAAGCGAGUCAUUCGCAAGCAGAAGUGCAUCUACAAUGUGGUUCACGAGAGAAGAUAGGUGUACCAUUGAGUCGGACCUCUAUGUCAUCACCACCACCUGUCUCAUCAUCCUAUAACUACGGUUGGAGUCGGCUAUCAUACAAUGAUCCACCGAAUCCGACAGCAAUACCAAACAGUCAGGAUCGUAUGGAGAAUAUACGAUUGCUCCUUACAACACCGCCACCAUCGUUCGUCAACGGAAACUUUAAAAGAAGAACCUUGACUACAGCAGCUAGUGCAUUUACUUAUCCACAUGGAAGUUUAGCGACAUUCGAGUUAGAUUUUGGGCCACGAGGAUGGUUUGUAAAAUAUCCCUAUGGCUCACCAAACAUGACAGCAACGAAAUUUGUACAAACAACAACAACUCCAACGCCUAUUGUCAAAUGGAAUUCGACAUGGCUCUAUAUUCGACAUCUACGAACAAGAGUUUCUCCGAAAAUUUUUAUAACAACAACAGCUACUAUCAAAACAACAACUAUAAGUUCCGCAUCAUCAACAACUGUACCAGUACCCACAGAAACAUUUGUCAUGACGACUACAGAGCAAAUACCCAUGACUACCACUACAGCUUCUAUUUCCUCCACGGCAAUUCUUACUACUACGCCACAAGUUAUAACGUCGGACAUCUUUUUUGCCACUACUACACAACCACGAACACAAACAGUGCAAUCAACGACACAGUCAACAUCUGCAUUGACGAUGAAAACAGUUGUACCUUUUCCCACUCCGUGGUAUUCGCCAGCAGGACCAUUUGACUGGUGGCAGUGGCAAGGUUAUUCAACCAAACUGUACAAACCGCCUCUAAACAGUAACACUACAACUGGAAAAUCCACUCUUUCCACUAAAACGACAACGACAACGACCACAACGACGACUACAACUACGACAACAACAACUACAUCAACGACAACUAAACAUAUCAUUCAUCUGAGUAAUACAACUACGAAAACAUCUCUUUCUGCUCCAAAAGAAAUCACCGCCGAUUGGUUUCGAUGGCCACACACUGAACCAACAAAAUCAAAACCUGAUUAUUACGACGAUGAAUAUACGAACUGGUUCGAUUAUCUUCCGAGAAACAAAUUGCGAAGUACACUGAAAGCUACAACAUUGAGAAACCCAUUUCUCACUAUUUUACCUGAACCGCAACGUAAACAAUAUCAACAAAUGAGUCUUCUGUCUACCAAAUCCAAUUCGAAGAUGGUCAAUAUAUAUCCCACAUUGACCACAUCACCUUCAACUACAUCAAAUUUCGUCUACACCGAUCAAAAUACUGAUUCAGAAAAAGUAAUGCAUACCAAUGCGCAGAAUAACAUCCAAGAUCCUCAUAAGAAGGAAUCGGAAGACUAUGGUUGGCUCAGUAAAACAGACAUGACCAUUGUUGCUGUAUCGAUUUUAUUCGUUAUAUUAUUAGUUUUUAUAAAUUUAAUUCUCUUUGCUGUUCGAAGACGUCGUCAUCGAAUUCAAAAUCAACAUUUGCUUUGCGCAUCGCUACCUUCCUCGUUCAACGAUCGAAGUAUUUCAAAUAAUCAAUUACAAAGUUCAAAACUAGGCGAUUCGACUAACAGUUUGAUUAAUAUAACGAACAACAAUAACAAUGAUAUAUUACCAGCCGUUGGUGAGAUUGUAUUAUGGGAUGAAAGAGAUCAAGGUGGUUAUAUGAUUGACAAUCAUGGCGAAUGGGCAAAGAUUGAAGGACGACAAUGGAUUGGUAGUGAUUUGACCAAAAAUCAAAACAAAUCAUCAUUCACUAAAAGACAAAUAUUAUACAAUAAUCUUUUCUUCGUUGACAGUUUUCGAUCGCGAUUUCAAUUCAUUCGACAAUCGCCGAAAAAAUCGAGUCAGCAACGUCCACAUACUACGUUCACACCCAGAUCUCCUCAACAACAAUUACCGCAGCAACCACAAAUCUACAAAUUUCCCCCUCUUACUGACACUGCUGCCCUUACUCCAGUUCCUGAAGCCGAUGAUUAUCAAACAUCCGAUUUAAGUGCUACCGAUGUCAUCAAUCAUAAUUCCGAUACGAAAUUGAGAAAUUCAAAUAUAAAACAUCAACAUACAACAAAAACGAUUCAAGCACUGAUUCACACCGAACAAGAUCAUAGUGAUGAUUACUACAAACGGAUUGAAAGCGGCGGCGAGGAGUCAAAUUAUACCGCCGUGCUUGACAAUCAUCAAGGCGAAUAUUAUGUAGCUGAUCAGCAAACGGAUCGAUGCUUAGGCAGUGAAAUCGAUGCUGGUGAAUCAGUAAUUAUCAGCGUACCAACUAUGCUACGACAAGAAGACGAUAUUGACAUCACAACUAACGGUGCUGAAUCAAUCUACAAUCCAAACUAUUCGACGCGAUCACAAAAUGAAUCGAAGAGAACAAAUCUAACAAUGAAACCAAUAAGACAUCCGAAACCGAUGAUCAACACUUCCAUUACUGUUGGCCAUUGUCAAACCGAUUUUCAACCAUUAAAUCCGAAAUUAUUAGAAAAAUCUCUCUUAGCUGAACAUCAACAGCUAUAUACUUGUUCUCAAUCUUUACAAUUCUCAGCCUACGAUUCAGGUUUCUUCGAUGAUCAAACAACCGAUAGUUUAAUACUAACACCAAGUCAAGAACCACCUGGUAGUGAUGAAAUCUCUUCCAAUCAAAGUAGAGCUAGUUUAUCAAGACAAGAUUCGCCAUUAGCUAAAACAUAUUGUUAA